AUGCUGCCUUGGAAUCCGUUUCUUGUUUGUGAGAUAGAAGUCAGCCCCAACGGCGGUCCUGGCUCCUGUUGCGGCAUGACCAAAAAAGGCCACCCAUGCAAGAACUUGAUCAAAGUUGAAGACACCAAGAUCGGCCAUCAAAAGUUGGCCACUCUCGCCAGAGAGACAUUUGACGUGUCAUCGUUGCAGCCGAAACUCUGUGACGUCGCCAGAGACUUCCUUUGCGCGAGAUGGCACCGGCAACGGCAGGCCGACCAAGUUGGCCAGCAGUGGUAUGAAGCCGCCGUCCGCAACCAGUCGCGAGUACCACAUGGCUCCAGAAUGGCUUCUCCAUCAGUCAUUGUACAUCCCGGCCAGCGUCAGACAUCGUCAGCCUCCAGGCGCCGCCCUGCAUCAGACAACACUGACCCGUCACCUCGCGGGCUCAGACAAGACCCGCCGGUGCGCCUGUCAACAAACCCCGAGCCACUGCAGCCAUUCAAUCCAUUUGUGACUUCGGCAAUGCUGCGGACGAACAGUGUUCCAUGGCGCGUUUCGCCGGCCCAACCGGCUAUUCUGGCGUCGGUCGCUAAUAUCUGGGCUGGUUUCCAAGAAUUGACGCUCCAGAGUCUCACCCCGAGUGAAGAG